AUAACUCACCAUGUCUGCAACCACUAGUAUGCACUUGGUAAGACCCGGUGUAUCGGCUCCUGGGGCGUCAUCGACGACAACCGCAUGUAAUGUCAAGAUACAUGCAACUGCGUUCAUCAGAAUCUUGGAAAUCGUCGCCAAACAACUGAUUUCCAAAGACAAGAGAAUCAUAGGUACUCUCUUAGGAUACAGGUCCGAUGAUGGUUCGGGCUUUGAAGUCAGAGAUGCCUUUAUGGUUCCAUGCGACGAAACCGGCGACUCGAUCGCCAUUGCUGACCACGAGCACAAGGUGUCAUAUCAAUUGUAUAAGAAGGCCCAUCCAAAAGAAAGUGUUUUGGGAUGGUUUGGUACUUCCAAACAAAUAGAUAACUCCACCGGCUUGAUACACGAUUUCUACUCCAAGGGCUCUGACAGAGCCUUCCCCUAUCCAGCCAUAUACUUGAAUGUCAAUUACAGAGAUGAAAAUGAUCAGGUGAUCAAUCCCCAAGUGUCUACCUACAUUGGAUCCACCGUUGGCAAAGUUGCUACGGGGCAAAAGGUGGGCUGGAAAACCCAAAGUUCCGUCAACUCGUACGUUUUUCACCCCAUUCCUAACCAAAUCAUGUCUGGAACCACCACAGAGAAGUUGGCCUUGGAUUCAUUGGUGGAAAACCAUAUAAACCAGACCCCUACAACCUUUUCCGGCAAUGAAGUCAACGACUUGUCGAACUUGAAGAAGCAAAUCAACAUAGUGGUAGCGUCGAUUGAUAAGUUAGCCCAGCACUUGGACUCGUUUGAUAUCAAUAACGAUAAUGACUUGCAAUUGUUAAGAACCUUAACCAACAACUUAUCUUCAAGGCCCCAGAGUCUUUUCAACUUGGAUGAGUUAAAGAAGCAUUUCGGUGCCUACAACCAAGAUGUCAUUAUGAUUGAGUACUUGACCAAGGUUGUUAAAGAGCAAAUUGAGUUGAGUGCCCGUUUGACUGCAACUGCCGAGUCUGAAAAGAAAGACAGAGAGUAGACAUUAUGUAUAAUACGUACAAGUAAUAAAACAAAGCACAAUGGAUACCGUAGAGCUAAGUUAGCUUCUGCCCCAUAUACCAACUAUUGUGGGUGUAUUUGUGGAAGUUUCUAAAGAUAUCGCAAUACUUCCUUCAGCUUAUCUAAAAGGUGGCACUUGCGAAUUGUGAAAUUUACCAAUCUCAUCUCAUCACCAUUUGUUUGCAAACCACAGGUUUUAACAGUUAAAUUGCUGGAUUGUUUCAGGGAAUAAAUGCACAAACAACACUGACUCCCAUUUUCAGGCCCUUCCCAUAAUCCGUCGUUCUUCACCACCCCCGGCCAAAAUUCACACCCCUUUUCUC